AUGGAUAACGCCGCCAGGAAUGGUUAUCUCGAUGUUGUCAAGUGGCUCCACGCUCAUCGUUACGAGGGGUGCACGACGGAGGCCAUGGAUGCUGCUGCUGCAAAUGGACACUUGAAGGUCGUUCAGUGGUUGCAUCGGAACCGCUCGGAAGGUUGCACCAAAAAGGCGAUGGAUUCCGCUACCGAAAACGGGCAUCUAGAAGUCGUUGUCCGGUGGCUCCGCUCAAAUCGCUCAGAGGGAUGCACGACGAAAGCGAUGGAUGGUGCUGCAGCCAACGGGAAUUUUAACAUGCUUCGAUGGCUGCACGAGAACAUUCACGCAGGCUGCACUAGCGAUGCCAUGGAUCGUGCUGCGCGUCUGGGCCGCCUGGACAUCGUCGAGUGGCUUCAUUCAAAGCGAUUACCAGGGUGCUCGCCCCGUGCCUCGGUUGAUGCGGCCGCUAAAGGCAACUUGAAUAUUCUGAAAUGGUUGCAUUUAAAUCUACCGGAGAGCUUGGCAGCUGAGGCUUUGGAGGAUGCCGCGGCUCGGGGGCAUUUGCAUGUGGUGAAAUGGCUACUCAGAUCCACCCCGGGAAAUCACUUCGAGUUAGCUUUGGCGGGGGCAGUGGCAUGGGGGGAAUUCGAAGCAGCGCUUUAUCUCCAAGCGCAUCAGCAGCCACGUAACCCCUCGUCGCCAGACCGGACAGACUCACCAUACACUGAACUACAUCCCGACAUUCAAAAUUGGAUACUUGAGUACUACGGAGAGGCCGGUCUUCCUGCUUGA